GACAGUUGGCGUCCAUGGUGUAAAAACCAUAGUUGGCCGAAAAUCCAUACGUUCGCUUCGCAACCGUAAAUCGUUAAAAGCUUUGUGCAAAGUGAAACAUCCGUCGCGUCCCACGAUGAGCAAAAAGGCUGUGGUCAAGCGUACCAUAAGCCUGACCAACGUAAGCCAGACAACGAAUGCGCAGGCGAGCCGGUGUGAGGAGCAGCUAGAUGAAGCGAUCUACCGGUGUCUACAUUCCCUCACCAAACGGCAUGAACCGACGAAGGAAUUUAAGGCCCAGUUUAGCCGCGGGGCGUUCCUGAAACCGAAUACGAAAGCCUUCAUCCAGGUGAUGCACUAUCUAUUCAACAUCUACGAUGCCCGCGAGUUCCAGAAGCGGUUCUACUGGCCGAUCUUCGAUAAGGCAGCGGAGAAUGCAUUCCGCACCGCAACCGUCGAGUACGCGAACUGCCUGAUCGAGCAGGGAAAGCUGACCGGGAUCACGAAAAUCAAAGCCCAUGUCGUGGUGCUGCCGGGGGGAAUGAAAUUCAUGAAAUUUCUCCUUUGUGUUAUUCGUUUGGUGCUGCAGGAGGAGUUACGGAAGGCGAAAGGUUCUACGGCGGACGGAGAAGUCCUUACAAAGCAGAGCAUUGCGCAAAUGAUCGAUAGACACAAACGCUGGACCCAGGCAAGUAAUCAGAUUCAUGCGAUUGUAAAAGAAGAGGUCGCCCUGCUGACCAAGAGAACGGAGCAAAUUGAGCGGCUCAUCGAUACGAUGCUUAUGGACAGUGAGCUGGCAAAAACGAUUACUUACGAUAAACUGAUCCAACUGUGGGCAGUGCUUAUACAAUCCCAAUUUAAAGAACGACAAAGUCUUCAGCAAAGAACACGGAUCGUAGCAAAGGAGUUUGAAGCUAUAAUCGAAAAAGCGGAGGCAAAAAUGAAGAAAAACGAACUACCACUCCCAUUCGCCAAGGAACAGCUGCAGGCUACUCUGAACAAGGUGGUUCAGCAAAAGCCUGACUGGGACCCCGUCGCCCAGCAGGUGUUCGAUGAGAAUGGGGCGCUUCAUCCGAUUAAACUUAUCCAGUUGUUCGAACUGGCGUUGCCGUCGGUUGAGCAGUUUUUAAGUAAUUUUUGCUUCAAAGAACAGGAAGUUAUAAAAUUUGAACAGAAAGAGUUGUCCAAGGUGGUCGUAAAAUUGGACGGUGUACGCCAACAGAUGGACGUUCUGCAGCGCAGCCUGCCCAUUCUAGACGAUUUUCUGACGUUGGAUCUCCACCGUAACGAGGAAAGUCCGGAAGUGGCAAAAUGUGAUAACUUUGCUAUUAAAAAUAAGCUUUUCUGCACACCACCGAUUGUUAUCGAUUUCGAUGGUCACUCGGAUGGUGCGUUUCCGGUGGCGGGCAAGACAAGUCAACGAUUGGCACUGUUGAACAAGGAAGAUGUACAGUUGAUGAAUGCAAGAAUGAAAUUGCUAUCCACGAGCCUAUAUCAACCAAGAAGCCCUAGAACACAGCAGCAUACAUUGCCAAUUAAAACAUCGUCCGAAGCUAAUCCGCAUCAGUUGGUCAGCCCGAAUGCGUUCGCUGUACCCCGGGUGGCACGAAAGGAAAAGCUAAACCCGUUAACGAUGUUCAACCGUAUUAAAGCUCAAAGCCAGAAGCAUCCCGGAGGGAAACCGGUAUAUUCAAAUCCUUCCGCUCCGGUUAACAGUACAAUGAACAUAUCUGCCCUGAGCGAUAUUACUAUGAGGCCCGAGUUUUCUUCUACACUACUUGGAACCCCGGAAAAACCGGCCCCCACUUCGGACGCCCAUAAGGAAGCCAACCUGGAGAUUGGUUCGUCUACCCAUCUGCAAGUCCCGACGCAAAUCGCAUAUCAGCAUCCACAAAUGCCGCGUCUGGCUAACUCGCCAAACGUUCACUCAAGUCCCCGAUUGAUGGCUUUUUACGUAGGGGCUACGGGGACACCGAAAACGAGUCGCACAUCGAAUUCUCUCCUUCUCGCUGGAACCGGAGGUCGUAGAACGUCGUCGGCAAAUCGUGACUCGUUUGUGGACAACAUAGCGGUGCACACUUCUCCGUCCGGUCGGUUAGAGUCGUUGGUCAAACAGAACGAGCUGAUACCUCCUUGCGGCGAGAUUCAAGCGGGUCCAGAAAACAAAAGCCCUCCCACAGACGGGGGAACCGUGGAUACAUCCGAGGAAAAAACGCUCAGUCCUAUGAAUGGAGGCCAACUGGUAGAUCUCUCCCGUACGCUACUGGCCACGAGUUUGGACAAUCAGGCCACGAUGCUUCCUGCUUUCCAUCACCGUGAAGAGGCUCAGUUAACUGAGACAAUAAAGAAAACGAACGAAACAGGCUUUAGUGAAAAGCAGGAUCAAGCUCACGGUGGCGAGGAAGUUGAGGAAGAUGAUCUGUUCAAUGAAAGUGAUGGAAUUCUUACAGAUAUUGUGUGAUCGAGAUGAUAGGAUAAAUUAUAUGCGAGAUCAUUUGAGAUCGAUCGUCGAGCGCCGCUUCAGUUUUUGCCUAUAAUGUGAUCAUGUUUCAGUUAUUAUAUUUUAGUAUUGCUAUGGAUAUAACUCAAGUUGCACGAAAUGAGAGCUUUUAAAACAUAACGUUUAUAUUUAAAAACAAAUUUCCUUUUUAGCGGCGUAUUUACGUAUAGUUUGUCAUGUCAUUCAUAAGGAUUGAUAUUGUUCCUUACCAAUUAAAAGCGUUCACGAAACUUCAAAAAUAUAUUAUUUGAUCUCUACUAACCUGGUAACCAAUAAAAAUAAUCCAUGAAUUUGUUUUGUUUCAUUAGUUUCCGCACUUUACACUCGUACUACCAUUGAUGGCUUUUCACGUAAGGUCUACAGGAACACCGAAAUCGAGUUUUAUGAAUAUGAAUUACUUUAUUUCGAUUUUGAGAUUCAUUAAUCAAUGAUUGAGAUAUUUCUUUGAAUCUUUGAAUAACAAAUCCAUGAAGCCCAGUCACAAAAAGGCUAGAAGACCGCUUUUUUUGGUCACUCGAUGGUCACCAAAGAAUCGUGAAGAUGAAUGAAUCUCGAAUUAGAUAGAGAUUUGUAAUGCAUAGUUCGUAGUGCAAACAUAAUAUAAAACCUAGUUUGUUAAGAUGUGAUUGAAAUAAACGUUGGAGUUAAAGCAGCUAGAAGAGAAGUGAAAACUCGUUUAAAACUUUUAU